UCAUAUGUUUCGCAUCACCUUUUUUUUUAUUUUUGAUACAAAAGCAGACAAUUCACUUAUAUAUAAUGGCCUUCGAACCUAUUCAAAUCAUUCAGUUUCCAAGUAUCUAACAAAAAUAUUACUGCUACCCCUUUGGAACUUUUUUUCUUCCUUGUUUUUUCUCUUUUGAUACUCUUGAUAGCAACCUUAAACCUUCACCUCCUUCACUUCCUUCUUUGUAUUUAAACAAUUAUGGCUUCAUUUGGAUUUGAUAAUGUUAUGGUCCGGAAAGAAGAUGCUUUAUGCAAGUACAACAUGGAGUGGAAUUUGAAGAUUGGUGUUAGCUUCAUCGGGUUUCUGUUGGUUUUGUUUUUGCUUCCGUGGUCCUUGUUCCCCACUGUCGAGGUUGCUGGAGAUUUUGCUCGAUAUUUGGUUUCUACUUUUAAUAAACCACUCUUCGCGUUCAUCCUCGUAAACAGCAUCAUUAUUGUUGUUUAUGUUUUAUCUAACCAAAAUCAGUCCUGGAAACCAACCGCCAGUCCUGAUAUAUACGAUGAGUACCUUAGCUCCCGCCGGAGUGUGCCCACAUCAGCUGCCACCACCGCCGCCCCUGCCAAGGAAGAGACCAUGGUGGACAAGCAAAUCAUCCUGGUAGAAAAUGCAGUUGCUCUAGUUUCUCCAGUAGAGCAGCAACCUACGAUCGGUGGCUGUGAUACAGUUACAGAGGCAAAACGUUCCGUUUCCCCAGUUAAACAACAACCACCACCUACGGAGAACCGUACAGCUCCAACCGAAGUGAUCAAGCAAAAGGAGUACCGAAGAAGUCGAUCUCUGGUUUCAGAAUCUCGAAACCAACGAAGCCGCAUGUUUCGGAGGUCGGAGACGGCUAUGAUCAGUCGAGAGAUGAUGGUUACAGGCUCCGAGCCGCCAAGGAAAUCAAUGGAUGAGAUGAGUAGCGAGGAGUUUCAGUCGAUAAUAGAUAGUUUCAUCGCUGAGAAAAAGAAAACUCUGAUGCAAGAAAACACCGCCCAUUACACUGGGAGGAAAGAUAAGUGCAUGUCAAUUGUGGUUAAGAAUUAAGAGAUUAUUAGACAAAAAUUAGUGAGUUAAAACAUAAUCUAUCUCGAUAUUCGAAUAUGUAGGGCGUAGGCUUAUCAGUAUCCAUAUUUUUAACUACUAUGGGAUGUACAGCGAUAAAAUUUCCCAGGUUUUGUGGGAGUAAAUUUAAGAUAACCAUGUUUUAUGGAAUAUUGUGCUCUUUUCUUAUUGCUUAUUUGCCCAUUUUUUUGCCUCCCCCCCUAAUCUACGAAUGAUAUUCUCUC